CGUCCUAGGGCUGGGGCCAAGCAGGAGAGGCUGGGGAGGUUUGCCCUUGUGACCCUCGUCGGAGUUUCCCCAGACUCACUGAAUCAGAAAUCCGAACUCCCUAACUCCUCUAGGGCUUUUAAGCCUGACCAGGCAUCCUGAGAGGUCCGCGAUUGGAGAGGUAGUGACUGCUGCUCCUGUUGAAUUUCAUUGAUUCAAUGGGUUUCGACUCCAUCAGAGAAAGUCGAUUUUCUUUUCAGAAGGAGUUGGUUGGUCAGAGGAGCAAGAUGUGCUAUUGCCUUGGGGCCCACACGGCUGCAGCUUUGAGGCUUAACAGGACCUGAGGAUGCAACUCUCAGCUUGGGUGGCUGAGGGAAGGUGGCCUUUGACUGCGUGCGUGCACCAUUCCUGGAUCCUGUCUUCUCGUUUUACCCCUGCCUGUCCCGUGUUUUUGUGGUUAAGGGAGUAGGCUGCUCAGAGUCUCCAGGGCUGCUUGGUACACUGUUCACCAAAUACUGCCUUGCUGUCUUGAUGAAAAGCAAGAGACCAGCUCAAAGAGUUUGAACCUCAGCUGCAGACGGUUUGUCUACAGAUUUUGAGCAUCCGAAGUUGAUCCCUAAGUAUACUUUGCUGCUCCCUCAGCCUUUGAAGAAAUGUCUGUCACGUAUGAUGAUUCCGUUGGAGUAGAAGUGUCCAGCGACAGCUUCUGGGAGGUCGGGAACUACAAGCGGACUGUGAAGCGGAUCGACGAUGGCCACCGCCUGUGUAGCGACCUCAUGAACUGCCUGCAUGAGCGGGCACGCAUCGAGAAGGCGUACGCGCAGCAGCUCACUGAGUGGGCCCGGCGCUGGAGGCAGCUUGUGGAGAAGGGGCCCCAGUACGGGACUGUGGAGAAGGCCUGGAUGGCCUUCAUGUCCGAGGCAGAGAGGGUGAGUGAGCUGCACCUCGAGGUGAAGGCCUCGCUAAUGAACGAUGACUUCGAGAAGAUCAAGAACUGGCAGAAGGAAGCCUUUCACAAGCAGAUGAUGGGCGGCUUCAAGGAGACCAAGGAAGCCGAGGACGGCUUUCGGAAGGCACAGAAGCCCUGGGCCAAGAAGCUGAAAGAGGUAGAAGCAGCAAAGAAAGCCCACCAUGCAGCGUGCAAAGAGGAGAAGCUGGCUAUCUCACGAGAAGCCAACAGCAAGGCAGACCCAUCCCUCAACCCUGAACAGCUCAAGAAAUUGCAAGACAAAAUAGAAAAGUGCAAGCAAGAUGUUCUUAAGACCAAAGAUAAGUAUGAGAAGUCCCUGAAGGAGCUCGACCAGGGCACGCCCCAGUACAUGGAGAACAUGGAGCAGGUGUUUGAGCAGUGCCAGCAGUUCGAGGAGAAACGCCUGCGCUUCUUCCGGGAGGUUCUGCUGGAGGUUCAGAAGCACCUAGACCUGUCCAAUGUGACUGGCUACAAAGCCGUUUACCAUGACCUGGAGCAGAGCAUCAGAGCGGCUGAUGCGGUGGAGGACCUGAGGUGGUUCCGAGCCAAUCACGGGCCAGGCAUGGCCAUGAACUGGCCACAGUUUGAGGAUGAAGAGUGGUCCGCAGACCUGAAUCGAACCCUCAGCCGGAGAGAGAAGAAGAAGGCCACUGACGGCGUCACUCUGACGGGCAUCAACCAGACAGGCGACCAGUCUCUGCCGAAUAAGCCCAGCAGCACCCUUAAUGUCCCGAGCAACCCCGCCCAGUCUGCGCAGUCACAGUCCAGCUACAACCCCUUCGAGGAUGAGGACGACACGGGCAGCACCGUCAGUGAGAAGGAGGACACUAAGGCCAAAAAUGUCAGCAGCUAUGAGAAGACCCAGAGCUAUCCCACCGACUGGUCAGACGAUGAGUCUAACAACCCCUUCUCCUCCACGGAUGCCAACGGGGACUCGAAUCCAUUCGACGACGACGCCACCUCGGGGACGGAAGUGCGAGUCCGGGCCCUGUAUGACUACGAGGGGCAGGAGCACGAUGAGCUGAGCUUCAAGGCUGGGGACGAGCUGACCAAGAUGGAGGACGAGGAUGAGCAGGGCUGGUGCAAGGGACGAUUGGACAACGGGCAAGUUGGCCUAUACCCGGCAAAUUAUGUGGAGGCGAUCCAGUGAUGAACCAGGGGUCAGGCCAGCGGGGGACGGAGGCGGUGGGCCCAGGAGCUUCAGCCAGCCAUGUGGGCAUCCACUCCUUUUCCUGCAAGAGAUGAUGGUUCCAUUGCUCUUGGCUUCAUGGUGUCCCUGGAAGGCAGAUGAGCUGGUCAUUUCGCCUGGGACUCGGCACCUUUCCGAGUGCAGCUGGCGGGAUCUGAGCGCAGGAAGACGCAGAACAACAGAAAUAGCUGCCCCUCCCCGCCCACUGUGCCUAUUGGCCUAUCAUGGAUCUCUAUGUUCUUGACUUUGUCUCUCCUUUCCGAGUCAAUGGUGGGUUACACUGAUCUUGUUCCACUGAUUACUCUCUCUGACGACUCCGUCACCUGCAACUUAAAUGAACAAGCUUACAUCCUAUUUUCUGAGUGAAGAUUUUGAGGUUUUUAAUUUAAAGGCUAUGUACAGUUAUACUUUUUUAUACACCUGUUCAUUUCUACUUAAAUUAUGGCACAGAUUGAUGCACACCAGUCUUGAGGAAGCGAUCUCCCUAUUCCCAUGCCCUGUUAGCCAUGCCAUGUGUAGGCUUAGCCUCAGGUGGCAGAUGAUGUUUGAGGAAACAGAUUGUAGCAGGAAGAUGGAACCGGGUUAUGGUCGGGUUUCUGUUGGGAAUGCUAAUGCUCUUUGUGCUUUUGGGCAUCUGAAUGGAAGCUUUAGAUAGAACCUUCGGUAGAACUCCCCCAAAUCGCCAUAUUUAAAAAUUAUUUUCACUCUAUUCUUGCUUAAAACUAUACUCUUUUGCAAAUUAACAAUUUUAUCAGUGAUUCAGAGUUAAAAAGAAGACUAACUUCAAGCAAAUGCAUCUGUAGAUAAAGAUGCUUUAUAUUAGACUGUCAUGUCUCAGUGUAUAUCUGUAUAUAUUAUUUGAUAUUCAGAGAAUCUAAAGCACUCAUCUACUGUUUUAAUGAGAUUUAACAGUGAGUUUCAUUUGUAAACUGCUUGAAGUCUGUGGCAUUCGGGCACAGGUCUGGCUGGCCAGCUGGGUCUCCUCCUGGGCUCAGUGGGCCUGGGGCCUCUCUGACGUGGUGCCUGCUGGAGGGAGGCUUGUCAUCACCGGCUGACUGCUGGUCCGGCUUCUGACUGGCCUUUGUCCUGGUUCCGUAGCAGAACACUGUAAAAGUGCCCGCCACUUUGCAGUAGUUGCAGAUUUCAGUCGUCCUAUUACUUGUGUGCAAACAAAAGCUGGGUCUUACCCACCGCACAAGUCUCUCUGGCUGCCCAGAGUCGCCAGGGAGCAGGUGCUGCAGCCAGAGCUACACUGUGGUCACAUGGGGCGGCCGGGGGUGGGGGAGAACCUGUAUUUUAUGUAACUUAGCAGUGCCCACCGCCAUCACGAGCUAUGCAUUUACUGUUUCCAGUGAGCAGAUGUCUUGCUUGGAAAGUGGACCUGUGUCUGUGUCUGUCACGAGAACUUACCAGCAGAAAUCCUCAUUUCUGUGCUACAGAUUUACCAAAAAUUGUCGUCUUUUCAGUUGAAGAGUUCCUUUAAAUGUAUAGUAUUUUAGGAAAAAAUCAAUAAACAUUUGAUCUCGUGCA